AUGGCGGCUUCCUGUGUUAGUGUUGAUAUUGAUGCAGACGAUUAUUUUGGUUUUUAUCGAAAGUUUGAAGAAUUCUUCAAUUCAAAAUGUCACAAUAUGACUUUCGGAAACGGUAAGAUUGGCAGCUUAAUGAUAAAAAUGACAAAAAAUCUACAAAAUGGAGAUUUUACUAUACCUGCGUCUACUUUCAAAGAGGCGUUGAUGGAGCCGCCUCCUGACCUCAUGAAGCCGAGUUCACAGUGUUCUUCACUACAGACUAUCAGUGAAUUGCUGAAUGAACUAAAAACGUCAAGUGAAGCCUGGACAUUGAAAAUACAGAACUAUAACAUUUGUGAGAAAGAUAAAUCUGUGUUUAUUAAGCUUAAUAGACCAUGUGCAUUCCAGAAUGUAUUAAGUGAAGUUGUCACACAGGAGGUUCUUUAUGGCAGGCGAACUACCGGUACUGACAAAUCUGAUAGAAAAAUGUGUAUUCUCAAUAACAGUGCUUUUCUCCAUGAUUUGAAUUGUGAUGAUAUGACCCUUUCUCAAUUAAGAUCAGUGUUUUUAUGUGAGCAUAUUGGAUCUGUCUUGGAAGCUAAUGGGUAUCAAGUCUGCAACAAAUUAAGUGUUUCUGAUCAAAAGCUGCAAGAAAUGCUUCAAGAAUAUGGGAUAGUCGCCAACUUAGAUCAUACUGCCAGUAUUUCUGACUUUGAAGAUCAACUUAAAAAUUUCAAGGAUAAAAUCGAAAAGUGCAAAUACAUUGUUUUAGAUAAGACUUUAGCAACAAAACACGGUGGAGAGUUUGAAGACAAUCCUGCAGAUGAUAUCGACAAAGAUAAAUAUAGGACAGAGUCCAAGAAUUUAAUCUUUCUUGAUUUAAGACAGUUCCUGAAUGAUAAUAGACUUACUAUUGGUAAAGACGGUUAUGAUAAAAAUAUCAACAAUAUACAAGUUUUUAAAGAAGAUGGAACAUCAUGUCAGAUAUUGAGUAAUUGUUGCAAAAUAGAAAAACACAUUGAGUUGCUUAAAAGAAGUAAUCAUAGUACUCAUAGUUCACAGAAUAUAUUACUUGUACAUGUUGUGAACUAUGAGAAGGAAUUCAGUCAGCAACAAGUUGAUUUAGUCUGUAGAAUGAUUUCAGACAAAGCAAAAGAUUGUCAACAGAUACACUGUGUUUAUGGUCCAGUCAUUGCAAGAAAAAAUAUUAAACAUACUCCACAUACUCCAGUCAUGUCUGCUGCUAAAUAUUAUCAAUUAAGAAAAAGUCAAAUGAGAGAGGCAUGGGUUAUGAAAUAUGGAACUGCUGUUAAAGGGGAAGGCUGGGAGGCAACUAUAAAUGCAAUGACUAUUGCUGCAAUCAAAUUUGAACUUCUUGGUACCACAGCCAGAAAUUCUGUUAAAGUAGAUUUAUCUGUAAGUGGUAUAAGUGACAGUAAAGGAGGUUCAUUUGUUAUUUAUAACUGCGCAAGACUGUCAACAUUAUUGGCACGCUAUUACGAAGCUGUGGAACAAGGUUUAUAUCCCAGUCUUCCAGAUGUUGCUUCCAUUGAUUUUAGUCUCUUAAGAGAAGAGGAAGAAUGGCAAUUGCUUUUCAACUACAUACUGCCAUAUGCCAGUCUUGUCAGAAACUGUGUUGGCAAGAUAGAUCCUACUAAUCCACGAUCCAAGAUUCACUCACAUAAGAUUUGUAAUUUUCUGGUGAAUUUAAGCAGAGAUUUCAGUUCCUAUUACAGAAGAGUACAUAUUCUCACGGAACCAAGACCUCAUCUGUUGCCUACAAUGUUUGCCAGAUUACAUCUUAUGAAAGCCAUCCAACAAGUUAUGAAAAAUGCUUUUACACUGCUACAUAUCACACCAUUGGAGCAAGUGUAGAUUCAAAUAUAGUUCAAGUGAAGGAAAAAACAUAAACGUAACUGUAACACACCAAAACCUUACUACUCUUUAUAAUGCUAUAGAUAAUUCACACUGUUAUGUACUAUGCUGCCAUGGACUUUUAUAGAUAUUCACACAAAGGAGUACAAGGUCAGGAAACCUGAGUCUGCAUACUUUUGUAGGCAGAACCAUAAAUGAUGUACCGAUUGGCAUGUCAACAGAUUUUCAAAAUCUUUACAUAAUUUGGAAAUUUAAACUUGUUUACCACCAUCCCCUCCCAACCACUGCUUGAUUCCAGUAAAAACAAAAUUAUUAUAAUACAUGGCACUGGACUGUUACAACAUUCUCAAUUUAAGGUACAUAUUAAUCACCUGUUAUGAAAUGGUAUAUCCCAAAUAGAACUGUCAUUCAAAUGAGGCCAUCAAGUCUAGAAUAACACAAACUUCAGAAGUGGAAUUGCUGACUGAAUAAUGUUUGAUGCCAACACGAUUGUAUUUCGAUUUUGAAAUUAAAUAUUGUCACUACAAUUUGAACUUGAAUAUAUGCCCAUUCAAAUGUAGAAAAGUAAUAUUUAUCUUUCUGGUCAUCGUGCACAUCAGUUUGUGUCUGUCACAACUUUAGGGUCUGCUUGGUAAUUGAAUUGCGCCCUCACAAGGCAGUAAAGACAAUUGUGAACAGCUGAACAAUUUGAGUUUUUUUUGACAGAUUUCACUAAUAAGUCAAGUGUUAUGUGCAUCUUUACGACUGACUCUCAUACUGAUGGUAAUUUAUAUUUUGUUUCUUUUAAAAAACUAACGUAGGAAGUAUUUAUUGU